CUGGAGGACGGUCUUUAUACUCAGCACAGACACACUGAGGAACCUGGAGUCCAGAGCCCAAACCCGGCAACCAGAGGUUCUGCAGAGAAGGUGGUGCUGAAGGUGUGGAGUUUCCUUACAGGGACUGACUCUUUUGUUGUUUCCUGCAGCCUUUCAGGAUGUCUGAUUGAAGAAGCAGGCUUUUUUGCUUUGGCCCCAGCUCUGACCUCCAACGACUCCCAUAUGAAAGAGCUGGACGUGAGCUACAACCAUCCAGGACCUUCAGGGAUGGAGCAGCUGCAGGCUGCUAUGAACCUUACCCACAGACGCUGUCGGCUGGAUAUUUUAAGGUUUGAAGAGUUCUGCAUCGGAAAACGCACUAAGAUUUAG